GUUCUCCGCUUUUUCUCUCCAGAAACUCUCUCUCUCUCUCUAGAAACCCUCAUCCGAUGGAGGCCACAGGCAGCGGCGCGCUUCUCCAGCGAGUCCGGGUGCCUCUACGGAGGCCCACCGGCGAUGGGGGUCUGAUGUCGGUGAAGGAUCGGCCGAUGAGUGUGAAGAUGGGCGAUGGGUUCAAAGAUCAGGGGCAUCUACGGUAUUACGCAUCGUCCACGUCGAGGUGUGGGUUGAAAAAGGAGGAGAAGAGGAAGAUGAAGCUGGUGAAGGGAUUGGAGAAGGAUCUCUCUGCUUUGUAUUCCAUGGGUUUUGGUGUUGAGAGGGGCGAGGGGAUUGCUGGUGAAGUCAAAGAUCAAAUUAUGUCGGAAGCAGCAGAGGUUCUGCUAGCCCAGCUGACCAAACUCCGAGCCGAAGCAAAAGAGAUGAAGAUCAAAAGAAAACAAGAGAAGGCUGCAAUGAAGGCUGCAAAGAUGGCGGCGAAGGUGAAAAAUCGAGCAGACGAAAGCUCAUCAAGUUCAUCUGAAUCAAGCUAGGCCGUUAAGAUCCGAACUCCCAAAACUGCACCCUUAGAUCCAAUUACAGCACCAUCACCAGCAUUACAACAAAUUGACAAAAUCGAAAACCCGAUAACAGUACCACCAGAGCGCUGCAGUAGCCAGAUUGAGGUGUGCAUGGGAGGAAAAUGCAAGAAAUCGGGGGCGAUGGAAUUGAUGGCGGAGUUUGAGAAGAAGGUGGGGAUUGAGGGCGCUGUGGUGGGAUGCAAGUGCAUGGGCAAGUGCCGCGAAGGGCCUAAUGUUCGGUUCAUGAAUCAGCGGCCCGCAGUUGUCGCCGGAGAUGGGCCAUUGAAGGCUGGCAAGGGUCCACUGUGCAUUGGCGUUGGGCUGGAGGAUGUUGGUUCCAUAGUGGCUGAUUUCUUCGGAGAGAGGAAAGAGGGUUUAGGAUUCGUUGCUGCCUAAUGAUUUAGUCAUGAUUCUGAGUUGUUCAGUUUUUUAGAGGGUACUAUAUGUGGGUUUAUGCGUAGUGCUUUAAUUGAGUUUGGGUCUAUGAUUUCUUGCUGUGUAAUGUUCUUGCAACUGUAAAUAGUUAAGGGUGUGAAUAUGUUGUUUUGGAUGUAGCUUAGGUUAAUAAAACUACAAUUUCAGUUGAA